UUAGCAUUCUUCCUGAGCUUUGUACACCAUUUUGUUGGCUCAACAAGGCCCCCGGUAUAACUAAUGUGCACAGUGACUCGAUUCACCCAUCCCCGUCCACACUUUGUGCCUCACCUAUGUAUCCCGAUUCUGUACGCCACGAUUCAUUCUACAAGAAGGAAAAGCUCGUUUCAAGAAGCGCUACGCCCGAAUCUGUUUUAACAUGGGGGACUUCUAGUCUGACGAAGGCGUCCUCAAAGGCUAGCGGGAAAUCAUUCAAAAUAUCCUCCAAUGCAAGGCAUGUUGCAACUCCCAGAACAUCAGAUGCACCUGCUACGAAAAUACAUGCCAGUCCCGCUACCGCUGAGUCGCGUAUGAGUGAUUCCUCCAUCUAUUCCUCCUCUGCAUCUUCCGACAACACAGCUGCGACAGUUAACUCUUGGAGCUCAAGUCCAACAUUUGCAAUAGCAUCGCCUCUGGUUGGGCAUUGUUAUUUACACCCUGUAUUAUUGCGAGGUUCCUGGCAUCUACUUUACGAUGUUAUUACCCAACGAUUUGCUUCUCAACCGAGAUGUGACUUCAAUGAAUUAGCGGUGCAACCACCCAUCAAGUAUCUCAAGAUCAACGUCGGUCAUGCUUUGCCUCCCGUCGUUGUAUACAGCCGAUCCGAUAUGGCUGCUGGUGUGACCCUUCAAGACGUCUUCCAAGAGCUUUCCAGAGCCUUCAAGACAUAUGUUCCGCCAAAUGUAUUUUCAGCGAUGCCCAAACCGAAUCAGGCCAUUGCCACGAAACAGUUUGAUAAUCGCACCAAGUCAAGGGGGAACAUAUUUCGUGACGGUGCCCUAUGGGCCGAUUUCCUAGGUCCUAACCAAUGCUUCGCUGGUUUAAGUCAAAAGCCAAAGGGUGAUGUCUGGGACGCCUGGUUCGUACCUCAAUGAUGGCCCUUGUUCUUUGCGUUUGGCGCCGAUAUUGUCCCUUUUUCUUUUUAACUUAUUAUUAUUCAUGCUUUUUUCUGCGGGAGUAGUCUACCGCCUUCCAUGCUCUGCUGAGCACACUUA